AUGUCGCAGUCGUAUUUAGGAAAUUUGCCUAUUUUCGAUCAUAAGACUACCGAGUGGGCGAUAUUCAAGAGCCGGUUAACGAAGUUUUUUCUAGUGAACAGUAUAUCGGAAGCAGAUAAAAAAAGUGCUAUAACGAUUACACAUUUGUCGGAUGAAAGUUAUCGGUUAGUGCGCAAUUUAGCUUAUCCGAAGGAGAUAGAUUCCUUAACGUAUGACGCGCUGGUUUUAUUACUCGACGAACAUUUCAAACAAAAGCAGUGUACUUUUGCGGAUAAGGCGAAAUUUUUCGGAGCGAUGAAGAGUGCAGGCGAAACGCUGAGCGAAUGGGCGGCAAGACUAAGAGGUCUGGCAAGUUAUUGCGAUUUUGGUACUGCCCUGGAGACGAACCUCAGGGAUCGUUUCGUGCUCGGUCUGGGCUCAGGUUCCGUGCGCGAUAAACUAUUCGAGCAAAAGCCAUCAUCAUUAACCUUUGCCAAGGCUUUAGAGUUGGCAGAACAGACGGAGAGUGCCCGAGAAGCGAAAUUAACUACAAUUAAGGAGGAGCCAGUUUUUCGAGCGCAAACGGAGGGUGGAUAUCGCGGUGGCGCGAGAGGCGCGCGCGGUCGCGCGAGCGGCAGCGGUCAGCGGGAUCCACGUUCGACGCCCGAGCAGUGUGCGGUUUGCGGAAUGAAAAAUCAUACGGAAAUCAAUUGUCGUUAUAAAUCGUACAAGUGUCAAAAGUGCGGCAAAAAGGGUCACUUAAAGAAAGUUUGUGGUGAAAGUGCGCGAGUGCAUAACGUUUCCGUUGGCGAAUCGUCGUCGUUGAAUCGCAGCGAGGUAGAUGACUGUAUAGAUAACGAUAUUGAGCAGAGGGCCGGCUCGUGCGCGACGUGCGCCGUUAUGCGCGCCGCGCCGGCGCGAGCGCCGCCAGCGUCGUGGCCGCGCCCGGGCGCACCCUUCCAACGCGUUCACAUCGACUAUAUGGUAAUCGGUUCUCGAACGUAUUUGAUACUGGUAGAUGCGUACAAGGGCAGGGAGGAGUGGAAUGACUGUGAGGGCGCUGACACAGAGGGUGAACGAGAAAUGCCUCAUGUGCCGCCAGCGGAGGCUCCACCUCUGCCGCAGGCAGCCGCCGGUUCUGAUAACACGGCUGAUCAUAAUGAGGAUUUGCCGUCCGCCCAUCAACGCUUGCGUCCCAGGGUCAACGUAGAUUUUAAGAAGUAUUUUUAA